GGAAUGAAGAUGAAAGCCUUAUGAAAGCUGCGAUUACAUGUGCUAAUAGCGUUUUAUUUCCUUUAUAUAGCUGGGAAGUGUAUAUACAAAAUCAACAUUUUAGGAAAUAUUUCCUAAUAACAACGAAGGAAGCAAAGUAAUAAGUUUUAGUAAGGAUAUCGCAAAAUGAUGCGCCUGGUUUCACUCACCAUUGUCUUAGCAGUUGUGCUAGUGGAUUUCUGUAAAGGCGAAUUCAUUUGUCACCGUUGGACUGAAGAAGACAACAACGUGAUGGGACCAAGUCGAACACCAGAGGAAGAAAGACAAUAUUGUGAGGGUGUCUUGGGUUAUAUAUUUACACAAGGGAAUAAUGAAAAAUAUCCAGAAUGCGGCGACUGCUGGUGUUGUAAACCAUUAGAUUUAAUAUGUCACGACUGGACUGAAGAAGACGUCAACGCAAUGGGACCAGGUCGUACACCAGAAGAUGAAAGAAAACAGUGUGAAGAUGUAUUAGGUUAUACGUUUACAAAUGGGGAUAAUAAAUACUACCCAGAAUGUGGGGAAUGCGGGUGUUGUAAACCAAAAGAUUUAGUAUGUCACGACUGGACUGAAGAAGACGUCAACGCAAUGGGACCAGGUCGUACACCAGAAGAUGAAAGAAAACAGUGUGAAGAUGUAUUAGGUUAUACGUUUACACAAGGGGAUAAUAAAUUCUACCCAAAUUGCGAGGAAUGCUGGUGUUGUAAGCCAGAAAGGUAAAGUGCAAAGAUCGCUACUUCACUCAAAGAGCAAACACACUUUUUCUGGACGAAAUAGUUGAUUGAUUUUAUUCAUCAAUGUGUUAAUCAUGCUCUUUAAUAAAUGAUUAAAAUUUA